GGCAGCUGCCUGCCGGGUGCCGCGCGGGGAAGAUGUAAAGCGCGUGGGGUCUAGCUGGCCUCCGAGCACCAUGCAGAAGGGGAUCCGGCUCAACGAUGGCCACGUCGCGUCCCUGGGCUUGCUGGCGCGAAAGGACGGCACGCGCAAGGGCUACCUGAGCAAGCGGAGUUCGGACAACACAAAAUGGCAAACCAAGUGGUUCGCGCUGCUGCAGAAUCUGCUCUUCUACUUCGAAAGCGACUCGAGCUCUCGGCCCUCGGGGCUCUACCUGCUGGAGGGCUGCGUGUGCGACCGCGCGCCCUCCCCCAAGCCCGCGCUCUCCGCCAAGGAGCCGCUGGAGAAACAGCAUUACUUCACGGUGAACUUCACCCAUGAGAACCAGAAAGCGUUGGAGCUGAGGACCGAGGAUGCAAAGGACUGUGAUGAAUGGGUGGCAGCUAUCGCACACGCCAGCUACCGGACGCUGGCCACCGAGCACGAGGCGCUCAUGCAGAAGUACCUGCACCUGCUCCAGAUCGUGGAGACAGAGAAGACGGUGGCCAAGCAGCUGCGGCAGCAGAUCGAAGACGGGGAGAUCGAGAUCGAGCGGCUGAAGGCAGAGAUCGCAUCCCUGCUGAAGGACAAUGAGCGUAUCCAGUCCACUCAGACGGUCACGCCCAGUGAUGAGGACAGUGACAUCAAGAAGAUUAAAAAGGUGCAGAGCUUCCUGCGGGGCUGGCUCUGCCGGCGGAAGUGGAAGACCAUCAUCCAGGACUACAUCCGGUCACCGCACGCCGACAGCAUGCGCAAGAGGAACCAGGUGGUGUUCAGCAUGCUGGAGGCCGAGGCCGAGUACGUGCAGCAGCUGCACAUCCUGGUCAACAACUUCCUGCGCCCACUGCGCAUGGCCGCCAGCUCCAAGAAGCCGCCCAUCACGCACGAUGACGUCAGCAGCAUCUUCCUGAACAGCGAGACCAUCAUGUUCCUGCAUCAGAUUUUUUACCAAGGCCUGAAGGCACGCAUCUCCAGCUGGCCCACGCUAGUCCUGGCCGACCUGUUCGACAUCCUGCUGCCCAUGCUCAACAUCUACCAGGAGUUCGUCCGCAACCACCAGUACAGCCUGCAGAUCCUGGCGCACUGCAAGCAGAACCGCGACUUCGACAAGCUGCUGAAGCAUUACGAAGCCAAGCCCGACUGCGAGGAGCGGACCCUGGAGACCUUCCUCACCUACCCCAUGUUCCAGAUUCCCAGGUACAUCCUGACGCUCCACGAGCUGCUGGCCCACACGCCCCACGAGCACGUGGAGCGCAACAGCCUGGACUAUGCCAAGUCCAAGCUGGAGGAGCUGUCCAGGAUCAUGCAUGACGAAGUGAGCGAGACAGAAAACAUCCGGAAAAACCUGGCCAUCGAGCGCAUGAUCAUCGAGGGCUGCGAGAUCCUUCUAGACACCAGCCAGACCUUCGUUCGCCAAGGUUCCCUCAUCCAGGUGCCCAUGUCAGAAAAGGGCAAGAUCACCAGGGGACGCCUGGGCUCUCUGUCCCUAAAGAAGGAAGGUGAGCGGCAGUGCUUCCUGUUCUCCAAGCAUCUCAUCAUCUGUACCCGAGGCUCCGGAGGGAAGCUUCACCUGACCAAGAAUGGAGUAAUAUCCCUCAUCGACUGCACACUGCUGGAGGACCCAGAAAGCACGGAAGAGGAAGCUAAAGGGCCUGGCCAGGACAUAGACCACUUGGACUUUAAGAUCGGGGUGGAGCCGAAGGAUUCCCCACCCUUCACGGUCAUCCUGGUGGCCUCGUCCAGGCAGGAGAAGGCGGCGUGGACCAGUGACAUCAGCCAGUGCGUGGAUAACAUCCGGUGCAAUGGGCUCAUGAUGAACGCGUUUGAAGAAAACUCCAAGGUCACGGUACCGCAGAUGAUCAAGUCCGAUGCCUCCUUGUAUUGCGAUGACGUUGACAUUCGCUUCAGCAAGACCAUGAACUCCUGCAAAGUGCUGCAGAUCCGGUACGCCAGCGUGGAGCGGCUGCUGGAGCGGCUGACCGACCUGCGCUUCCUGAGCAUCGACUUCCUCAACACCUUCCUGCACUCCUACCGCGUCUUCACCACCGCCGUGGUGGUCCUGGACAAACUCAUCACCAUCUACAAGAAGCCCAUCAGUGCCAUCCCGGCCAGGUCCCUGGAGCUCCUGUUCGCCAGUGGCCAGAACAACAAGCUGCUGUAUGGCGAGCCACCCAAGUCCCCACGUGCCACCCGCAAGUUCUCCUCGCCACCGCCCCUGUCCAUCAGCACAUCCUCCCCGAGCCGCCGACGGAAGCUGUCCCUAAACAUUCCCAUCAUCACGGGCGGGAAGGCCCUGGACCUGGCCGCCCUCAGCUGCAACUCCAACGGCUACACCAGCAUGUACUCGGCCAUGUCGCCCUUCGGCAAGGCCACCCUGGACACCAGCAAGCUCUACGUGACCAGCAGCUUCGCCAACAAGAUUCCCGAUGAAGCGGACACGACCCCGGAGAAGCCUGAGGAGCCCUCGGCCCUCAGCAAACAGAGCUCUGAAGUUUCUGUGAGAGAAGAGUCAGAUGGUGAUCAAAACCAGAGUGACGACGGCGAUGCUGAAACGUCACCAACCAAGUCUCCAACAACGCCAAAGUCAGUCAAAAGCAAAAACUCUUCAGAGUUCCCGCUCUUUGCCUACAACAACGGAGUUGUCAUGACCUCCUGUCGCGAGCUGGACAGUAACCGCAGCGCCCUCUCGGCCGCCUCCGCCUUUGCCAUCGCAACGGCGGGAGCCAACGAGGGCACCCCAAACAAGGAGAAGUACCGCAGGAUGUCCUUGGCCAGCGCAGGGUUUCCCCCUGACCAGAGGAAUGGGGACAAGGAGUUUGUAAUCCGCAGAGCUGCCACCAAUCGUGUGCUGAAUGUGCUCCGCCACUGGGUCUCCAAGCACGCUCAGGAUUUCGAGACCAACGAUGAGCUCAAGUGCAAAGUGAUCGGCUUCCUGGAGGAGGUCAUGCACGACCCAGAGCUCCUGACGCAGGAGCGGAAGGCGGCGGCCAACAUCAUCAGGACUCUGACCCAGGAGGACCCAGGGGACAACCAGAUCACGCUGGAGGAGAUCACACAGAUGGCGGAGGGCGUGAAGGCUGAGCCCUUCGAAAACCAUUCAGCCCUGGAGAUCGCUGAGCAGCUGACCCUCCUGGACCACCUCGUCUUCAAGAAGAUUCCUUAUGAGGAGUUCUUCGGCCAGGGAUGGAUGAAGGUGGAGAAGAACGAAAGGACCCCGUACAUCAUGAAAACCACCAAGCACUUCAAUGACAUCAGUAACUUGAUUGCUUCAGAAAUUAUCCGCAAUGAGGACAUCAACGCGAGGGUGAGCGCCAUUGAGAAGUGGGUGGCCGUGGCUGACAUCUGCCGCUGCUUACAUAACUACAACGCCGUGCUAGAGAUCACCUCGUCCAUGAACCGGAGCGCAAUCUUCCGGCUCAAAAAGACCUGGCUCAAAGUUUCAAAGCAGACAAAAGCUUUGAUUGACAAGCUCCAAAGGCUUGUGUCAUCAGAGGGCAGAUUUAAGAAUCUCAGAGAAGCUCUGAAAAAUUGUGACCCGCCCUGUGUCCCUUACCUGGGAAUGUACCUCACCGACCUGGCCUUCAUCGAGGAAGGGACGCCCAAUUACACGGAGGACGGCCUGGUCAACUUCUCCAAGAUGAGGAUGAUAUCCCAUAUCAUCCGAGAGAUUCGCCAGUUUCAGCAAACUGCCUACAAAAUUGAGCACCAAGCAAAGGUAACCCAGUACUUACUGGACCAGUCUUUUGUAAUGGACGAAGAAGGCCUGUACGCGUCCUCCCUCCGCAUAGAACCCAAGCUCCCCACCUGAGGGCCCCAGGCCGGACCCCGCCGCCCCCCGUGGACGCCCGCUCUAGGAUAGUGUACAUAUUCGUUCGGUUUCUCCGGAUCUCCUCCUUGAGUCUGUGCUUCUCCAAGAAUACCAAUCCGUUCUCGUUCUUAGAUGAUGCCCGUAGACCUGGAAUAGGAGCUGCCGCGCCCCGCCUCCGACUCUGCGCCCCCCGCGGCCGGUGCCCGUCCCUCCAAACCGCGGUCCUCCCGGCCAGCCCUCCCUCCAGAGGAGAGGGGAGGCACGACCCGGGGACCCAAGUCUCAGACUCCAGCCCUGCUUCGUUCCUCCUGGCCCAGAACCCCCCCCCCAACCCCCGCGGGGCUGCCUUGUUCUCCCGGGCAUACCUUCCAGCAUGUUCCAUGUAGAUGUUAUAGCUGGGUGGGGGGAGGGGGAGGGGGAAGCCACGCCCGCUGAUCCAGUCAUUUGACACCUCUUCCCGGCUGACGGUGACGCCAAUUUCCAAAGCAGCUUUUUUUUUUUUUUUU